GAGGUAAAGAUGGAAGCUGAGGAUCAUCUGGCAAGGGAGUACGUACAGGAGUUCGUCCUCGACCAUUUGGAUCCUGCUGUCAAGCGAGAGGUACGAAUGGGUUCACCGACGGUAAUGGUAAAUGGCAGCGUUGUACAGCUUCCGGGACAAGUGCAAUCGCAAGGACUGACUCUGGCACCAUUAACGCCACCCGCGCACGAGUUAGAACAACCGCAUCCACUAUAUGGUCAGCCCCAUAUUCAAGUGCAACAUGGCGUCUUAGUAAAGGCACCGCCUGGUGCCGUGGCGCAUCUCACCACGCUGUCACAUCCGGGCACGCCGCCGGAUACGCCGCCUGUAUCGACAUCUCCACCGCCAUUGCAACUUCACCGCAGCGAUCGAGAUUCUCGCGAUGCUCGUGAUCUUCGCGACCGUGGCGGUAUACUACUGCAGUUGCAGCAACCAGCAGCGUUGGUACAGGAAGAGAUGCAAGUGGGUACAAGUGGCAUGGGUUGGCUGACGCAGUCAUUGAGACAAGAACCGCUGGACCUGAGACCCCACUGUCCUCAAGAGCAAACUCCGGAGACUCAUCAUGAGUCCUGGUCAGCAACACCGGCGCAUCAUCAUUUUCAGGAGUUGCAACAUCUUCCGCGACACACUAGGCACACUAGUGGAUACCUGGCAAUGUCAAGUCAUCUAGAGUAUUACAGUGGUCCAGGUACAGGAGGAGGAAUGCUUCCCACGGGCGGGGGUGUAAUGCAGGGGAUGGAGGAUAGCAUGCAAGGCUUAUCAAUACAACCGGGCAGACCAUUGAGCGUAUGCUCCGUGAGUUCUUGCGGCGCCGGUGGGCCCACUCCAGCUCAUCGCUCGGGUAACGGCUUGUACUCCAAUUGUAACGGUACGAAUCCUCAAGACGAACUCAUGGAUGAUGAACUUUUGAUGUCACUUUCUGUACGCGAACUCAACAAACGUCUCCAUGGUUGUCCACGAGAACAGGUGGUGCGGCUGAAGCAAAAGCGACGAACGUUAAAGAAUCGUGGUUACGCUCAGAACUGUCGCAGCAAACGGCUACAGCAACGGCAGGACCUUGAGAGCACUAAUCGGAACUUGCAGAAUGAACUCCAGCGUGCGAAGAUCGAGCUGACACGGAUUCAACAGGAACGCGACCUCUACAAGCAAAGAUACGAUAUGUUGAGAACGCGACAGAGUCAUCAUCACAAUCACAAUCAUAGCCAUCAUCAACAGCAGAUGACGCAGCAACAGCAACAGCAGCAGCAACAACAACAUCAAACCCAAAGUCAGCAACCGCAUCCACAACAACAGCAACACCAACCAGCACCAGCGAGCCCCGAAGUCUAUCUGUGACAUCGACAGCGCCGAGGAGGCGCUUGUUGGACUU